CUUGUAGAAGAAAGAGACAGGUCUAUAUAUAUGGAUCAAUUGAAACCAAGCUCUGUCAAUUCAUCUCCUCUUACACCAUUAACAUUCUUGGAAAGAGCUGCUGUAGCUUAUGGGGAUAGUGUUUCCAUUGUCUAUAACUCCACUACAUACACCUGGUCUCAAACAUUUGUUCGAUGUAUACGUCUCUCUUCCUCAAUUUCUUCUCUCAUUGGUAUAAAAAAAGGCCAAGUUGUUUCUGUUUUAGCUCCUAAUAUCCCCGCAACGUUAGAGCUUCAAUUUGCUGUUCCAAUGGCUGGUGCUGUACUCAACAACAUCAACACUCGUCUCGAUGCUAAAACCGUCUCUGUUCUGCUUCAACAUAGUGAAUCGAAGCUCCUGUUUGUUGAUUACCAGCUAUAUUCUUUGGUACUUCAGUCAAUUUCAUUGUUUCCAUCUGAUGUUGACACUCCAAUUCUUGUUCUUAUAGAAGAUGAAAACUCUGUUCCGUUUUCAAGAAAUUUGGAUUUCGAUCAGUGUGAUACUUAUGAUGCUAUGUUGGCGAAGGGGGAUUCGAAUUUCAAUUGGAUUCGACCUGAGAAUGAUCGGGACCCAAUGACGUUGAACUACACUUCUGGAACAACAUCUUCACCUAAAGGAGUGGUACAUUCUCAUAGAUCUCUUUUUAUUAUCACAGUUGAUUCUUUAAUAGAUUGGUCUGUACCAAGUCAGCCAGUUUAUCUAUGGACACUCCCAAUGUUCCAUUCUAAUGGAUGGAGUUACACAUGGGGUAUGGCUGUUGUUGGUGGGACCAACAUUUGUCUUCGAAAAUUCGAUGCUAAUGUUGUGUUUCAUGCUAUAAACAAAUAUAAUGUCACACAUAUGUGUGGUGCACCUGUGGUACUCACUAUGCUAGCCAAUUCCCCCUGUGCUAAGCCCUUAAAAAACCCCGUGCACUUCCGUACCGGUGGCGCUCCUCCCCCUGCCACCAUUGUCCUCCGUGUCGAAUCAUUAGGAUUCGUGGUGAACCACGGGUAUGGGAUGACAGAGGUGGCAGGGGUAGUCGUGUCGUGUAUUUGGAAACCUAAGUGGAACAAAUUAUCGGCGAAUGUGAAGGCGAAAUUGAAGUCUAGACAAGGGAUUAAGAGUUUAGGGAUGGCGGAAGUCGACGUGGUGGAUCCAGAAUCUGGAGUUAGUGUAAAGAGGGAUGGAGUUACAAUGGGGGAAGUUGUAUUAAGGGGUGGAUGUAUAAUGUUGGGUUAUUUGAAAAAUGAAGAAGCUACAUCAAAAUGUAUGAAAAAUAAUUGGCUUUAUACAGGAGAUGUAGCAGUGAUGCAUCCAGAUGGGUACUUAGAAAUUAAAGACAGAUCAAAAGAUAUUAUAAUAAGUGGAGGUGAGAAUGUAAGCAGUGUUGAAGUAGAAUCAGUACUUUAUUCAAACAAUUUUGUGAAUGAGGCAGCAGUUGUAGCAAGGCCAGAUGAAUUUUGGGGCGAAACGCCUUGUGCUUUCGUGAGUUUGAAGAUGGAACUGAAACUUAAACCGAAAGAGAAGGAAAUUAUUGAUUUCUGUAGGGAAAGAUUGCCACAUUACAUGAUACCUAGGACGGUAAUUUUCAUGGAUGAACUACCAAAAACAGCAACUGGGAAAAUUCAAAAGUUUUCUCUAAGACAGAUUGCUAAUGGUAUGGGUUCGUUACCUGCUAGUCGAAUGUAGGCACAUCAAAUUCUUUUUU